GGGUAGGCCCAGUAGGGUAGGAGGGACCUGAGUGACGAUGAGAGAGCGAGAUAAGAGACAGAUGUAGAGAGAGAGAGAGAGCAGAGAGAUAGAGAGAGAGAGGGGUGAGCGGUGCUCACACAUCACUAUCAACUGAAUUUAUAUUAGCAAAAUACCUCUGGUAUUCCAAGCAUGGAAGGCAAGUUUUUAUCGUCCCCAAAACAAUCUGAACGCAAGCCGUCAUGAUUGGGGGAUCAGCCAGAUUCCUUGAAAAGUGCUUGUUCGCUGUUUCGGGGGACUCCAACGGAAAAACUCGGUGCUGUCUCUGCUGCCUCAAAUCCUGCUCUCCCGCUCUAAUGCCUUGCCCAAGGUUUUGAGAAGCGCUGAGGUGAGUCGUAGGUUGUUGAGCUGCCUGACGAGGAAUAGGAGAAAAUUGCGGACAGAUCAGAAAACUGUUUCCUGAACUCAGGCAGCAUGCUGUCCGGUAUAGCUACGGAUGGCAGGGCGCUCGGAACCGAUUCGCACAAACAAUACCGAAUGACGCUGGGGCAAGGCAAAGCGAUAAAGAAAAAAGUUUAACAUGAUUAAGGGGCAAUAAACGGAUACGGACAAAGCCUCAUCUAAGGUCUCUGGAUCCAAAUGUCACCCCCCCUGGACGCUGCCCCAGGCGGGGACCAGCAGUGUGUGACGGUGACGGGUGGGUGGCGAGGAGAGGAGAGGAGGAGGCCACAAACACAUCAGCUUUCUGCUGCGAUUCUGCACUAAAUUGGCCCAGGCUGUGUGCUGUCCUGUGAGGACGAGCAAAGGGUGCUCUGGUCUGAUAUCUCAGCAUGAAUGGAGUCAGAGUCAACUUCACUUAGAGGACCUGCUCUUCCUAAUGAGACCGCUGUCUCUCUUAAAGUUGAGGACUAAUCAGUUACAGGGGGAUUAAGCCUAACCCUACGGCUUCUUGUUCUACUGCCCCGUGAAGAAGAGGUGAACUCAGCAUUAUCAAACUCUUUUAGUGGACUGUUUUUUUUGUCGACUCUUUUGGUGGAUUUACUUCAAUACUUUCAAUACUUUUCCCUUUUUUUUCUUUUUUUUGUUGGUGCGUUGCUUUUUAAUUUAUCCAACCCAAGGACAUUCCCCUCCUGAUUUUACACUAUGGAGUUUCAGGCUGGGCUGUGGAAUAAAGAUUGGGGUUCAUUUCUGCGUUUCUGGUUGACAGUCAUCCUGAGCCUCAAUGUGCACUUUAGCUGCCCUGCCACCUCGUGCCCAGAAGAGUGCCGCUGCGACAAAACCUUUGUUUACUGCAACGAGCGGAGCCUGACGUCUGUGCCUCUGGGGGUGACAGAGGGCUACAAGAUCCUCUACCUCCAUAACAACCAGAUCAACAAUGCAGGGUUCCCAUGGGAACUACACAACGUGGCGUCUGUUGAGACAGUGUAUCUCUACGGCAACCAGUUGGACGAGUUCCCCAUCAACCUGCCUAAGAACAUCCGGGUGCUCCACCUGCAAGAGAACAACAUCCAGACCAUCUCCAGGGCUGCCUUAGCCCAACUGCCCCGCUUAGAGGAGCUCCACCUGGACGAUAACUCCAUCUCUACGGUUGGGGUGGAGGAGGGGGCAUUCCGGGAUGCUGUCAGCCUCAAGCUGCUCUUCCUCACCAAGAACCACCUGAGCAGUGUCCCCAUUGGUCUCCCAGAGGACCUCACAGAGCUGCGAUUAGACGAGAACCGUAUCGCCGUCAUUGCUGAGGAGGCGUUCCAGAACGUGACGCGGCUACAGCGCCUCCUGUUGGAUGGCAACUUGUUGACAGACGAGGGCGUGGCCCCGGGGACGUUCCAGGAGCUGUCCAACCUCCGGGAGCUGGCGCUGGCCCGUAACUCUCUGACGUUCCCCCCGCCCCUCCUCCCGACGCAGUCCCUGGUCAAGCUCAGCCUGCAGGAUAAUCAGAUGGACCAAAUCCCAGUGACAGCCUUCUCCGGCCUCCAGAGGCUCGAGAGACUGGAUAUCUCCAAUAACCAGCUGCAGACGCUGACACAGGGGGUCUUUGACGGCCUCAUCAGCCUCAGACAGCUCACUGUUCGGAACAACCCGUGGCGCUGCGAUUGCACCGUCAAAUGGGUGGUGGUGUGGCUCAAGUCGCUGCCAGGCUCUAUCAACGUGCGUGGUUCAAUGUGCCAGAGCCCAGCGAGGGUGCGCGGCAUGGCAAUCAGAGAACUCACCCUGGAUUCUAUCCAGUGCCCAGCUGGGACGGACCUCCAGCCCGACCUCUGGCCUACCCUGCGCUCCACGCCCCCGCACCCCCAACUCACCACCACCACCCUCAUUACCUCCUCCAUGACCAGCUCUAUUCCCACCUUCACAACCUCCUCCUACCCCACAUCACCAACCCCUCCCCCUGCCCUGCCUCCCCACCCCGCUGGCCCACUGCCCCCCUAUGAGGACCCCCUACAGAUAUCCUUCCACGUGGUCAAUGCCUCCUGCAUCGAGGUAAGCUGGGCUUCCUACUUCACCGUCACAGCCUACAAGGUGACCUGGGUCAAGAUGGGCCAGAGCCUGAUGAGCGAUGUCAGCCGCGAAAGGACGGUGAGUGGGGAAAGGCGGAAGCUUAGCUUGACCAACCUGGAGCCCAGGUCGGUGUACCGGGUCUGUGUUUAUGUGCUGGACACCCUCAACUCCUACCGCCCUGGGGAGGAUACAAUAUGCUCAGACGCCAGAACCAAGUCGACCUCAUCCAGCUCCAACAACAACAAGGCCACAGGGUCGGAGGAAGCUCAACAGGACACCAACUCCACUCUCCUUUUGGCCGGGGUGAUAGGCGGGGCAGUCCUUGUCGUCCUGGUAAUGCUGCUGAGCCUGUUUUGUUGGCACAUGCACAAGAAGAGCCGCUCUGAAUCAUCCAAGUGGAAAUACAACCGUGGCAGGAGAAAAGACGACUACUGCGAGGCAGGUACCAAAAAGGAUAACUCUAUACUGGAAAUGACUGAGACCAGCUUUCAGAUAGUCUCGCUGAACAAUGAGCAACUUUUGAAAGGUGAUUACAGGAUUCAGCCCAUCUACACACCCAAUGGAGGCAUUGGCUUCAGAGACUGCCACCUCAGUAACAAUAGCUUAGCCUACUGCAAGAGCAGCAACGUUCCCAGCACCGAGUUCUGCCACACGUGAUGCUUCUAACAGGAUGCUCCCAAAACCAGUUGUUUGAGAAAAAAAUAUACUGUACCAUAGAUAUUUCCAAGUUCUGUCUGCCAUGUAAUUUAUACUGUGGACAGUAAUGUGGAAUUCUAUCAGCUAUCUUUUUUACUCUUAGUUAGAAGGAAUACAAAUGGUUUUCUAAUCAGUGGGAUUAAAUUACAGUAAGUGUUUUUUGCUUAACUUCGGGCUCGGUGUCCCUUCUACGGGACGGUUGAGCUAACUUAGGCUAAUGUGAUUAGCAUGAGGUUGUAAGUAACAAGACAUUUUCCCAGGACAUAGACAUAUCUGAUAUUGUCAGAAAGCUCAAAUUCUUGUUAAUCUAACUGUACUGUCCAAUUUGCAGUAGCUAUUACAGUGAAAGAAUACCAUGCUAUUGUUUGAGGAGAGUGCACAAUUUUGAACAUGAAAAGUUAUUAAUCAACAAAUUAGGCACAUUUGGGCAGUCUUGAUACAACAUUUUGAACAGAAAUGCAAUGGGUCAUUGGACCAGUCUGAAAAGUUGCACAUACACUGCUUCAAUCUAAUAGCCAAAAUCUAAAUUGCACCUGGUCUGGAAUAAUACAUUAUGUCCUUUCUUUUGCAUUUCAAAGAUGAUGGUACAAAAAAAUACAAAAUAACGUUUGUUCUUUUCUUUGUAUCAUCUUUUACCACAUCUAUUGUGUCAUAUUCUCCUACAUUCCUUUCACAGUUCCCCAAACAUCAAAGUGUUUCCUUUCAAAUGGUACCAAUAAUAUGCAUAUCUUUGCAUCAGGGCCUGAGCUACAGGCUGUUAGAUUUGGGUAUGUCAUUUUUGGCAAAAAUGUAAAAAAAAUAUUUGUCAGAUCCUUAAUUUGAAGUACUGUAUAUAGGAAUUUGUACCAUUACAACACACUGGGUUGGUUCUGACAAACGCUGCCCUGUCUGUCAGGUUUUGGGUUGUUGGGUGCUAUGAGGGAUGGGAUUCUUUGCUAACCACAGGAGCUAAAUGAUGGUCUUUGUGCAGAGCCACCCCCUCAGAAACAUUAGUUACGAUAACACAGUGGUCAGGGACAUAGUAACACUGCUGAUUAGACUGCAGUGGAGAAUAGGCACUGCUGGUAUUUUUUUAAGAAUCAAAGUGCACUUUCUAAUGUAACAGAGAGAGUAAGCAGCCAUCCAGGAAAUGAGCUUUUUGUGGAAAUCCCAUCAGAGAGGAAGCGCACACUUUUCAACACCCCCUAUUGCCCUCACAAGACAAAGUGAACAUGUAUGAAUGUGGUAGGCAGGGAGAAUGCCUUCACAGGACUAAGUGAACACAUCUGAAUGUGGUAGGCAGGGAGAAUGCCUUCACAGGACUAAGUGAACACAUCUGAAUGUGGUAGGCAGGGAAAAUGCCUUCACAGGACUAAGUGAACACAUCUGAAUGUGGUAGGCAGGGAAAAUGUCUUCACAGGACUAAGUGAACACAUCUGAAUGUGGUAGGCAGGGAGAAUGCAUUCACAGGACUAAGUGAACACAUCUGAAUGUGGUAGGCAGGGAGAAUGCAUUCACAGGACUAAGUGAACACAUCUGAAUGUGGUAGGCAGGGAGAAUGCCUUCACAGGACUAAGUGAACACAUCUGAAUGUGGUAGGCAGGGAGAAUGCCUUCACAGGACUAAGUGAACACAUCUGAAUGUGGUAGGCAGGGAGAAUGCCUUCACAGGACUAAGUGAACAUGUAUGAAUGUGGUAGGCAGGGAGAUUGCCUUCACAGGACUAAGUGAACAUGUAUGAAUGUGGUAGGCAGGGAGCAGUGGAGUCUGCUGAGGGGAGAACGGCUCAUAAUAAUGGCCAGAUGGAGCAAAUGGAAUGGUGUCAAACACCUGGAAACCAUGGGUUUUAUGUAUUUAAUACCAUUCCACCUAUUCUGCUCCAGUCAUUACCACAAGCCCAUCCUCCCAAAUGAAGUUGCCACCAACCUCCUUUGGCAGGGAGGGAGACUGCUUUGACAACUGGAUAUAGAUUGGAUAUAGAUUGUCCUAUAGAUUGUCCUUCAGUGACACAGGAUGUAGUACCAGCUGUGGCCACAUGUUCUCUCAGUCAGUAUAGAGGGGUAAGUGUGAGAGUUAGCAGUAAAGAUCCUUUAGCUCCAGCAAUCCCUCCAGCAACCAUAACUCAUGAUUGUCACUAAUUACCACAGCCACAAAGUCAAAAUGGCUAUAUUGUAAAGAUGAAUGAAGACAAAAAUACGGUUAGGGUUAGGCAUAAGAAUAGCAGUGUCGUUAAGAUUAAGGUUUAGACGAGGUUUCAAAUGAGAUUUUAGGAAGAUAAAUUGUAGAAAUAGGUGGGUUUUAUACAUAAUUAUGACUUUGUGGCUGUGUUAACUAGUGACAACCAUUACUCAAUCUCAAAUGGCAUUUCUCUGGGUAUUAAUGCUCACGGAGCUACUUAAUGAUGUGGAAUAAUUUAAAACUGACUGUGCUCAGCUUUGGGGUUCAGCGGCUAAAUUAUAUAGAUUUUUACCACAGUGUGUUAUUAUCAUGGUGGAGGCCCAUGAGUUUGUGUUGGUUAUCUUGUCUUUGCAGGGAGGUGUCUGCAGUGAUGAUGAAUGAGUAGGAGAUACACUCACAGUUAUUAUACAGUCCGCUACCUUUCUAUUUUCCUUUAUUGUUUAGUAUUUAAAUGACAAAUGUGUGAAUCACAACGAAUGAUCAAUGUGUUUAUCUUUAAUCUGCUUUAUACUGUGUUGAUAGAAGGGGUUUCCUGCUGUAGUAUGUGAAUAAUUUCCAUUGGGAUUGGCUAUUCUAUUCAUUCAUUGAUUGAUUGGUUGAAAUGACAGAUUCACCAUCAAUUCAAAACAAUGUUAGCUAAAUCUGGAGCUGCCCCCAUACAUGAACAUGUCCUUAUCUGAUAUCCCUCAUCUUAAAGCUUCUCAGACUGCAUCGGCGCAAUUAAAACUACAGUGCUUCCGAUGCUGAGAGGGAGAGAGGGAGAGAGAGAGAGAGAGGGAGAGAGCUAGCUAUCUGGCCAAAAACAGAGUGUGUCUCUAUGGAUCUACAGUAUGUGUGUAUUUCUUCAGCCUGUGUGAGUUGUGACAGAGCUCUUUUUUUCAGGCAAGCUGGCUCCAAGUUAGGAAUGCCUGGUGCCACUGAGAAGUCAUCAUUAUACACUUCUUACUCCAACUUUAUUUGCUUUGACAUGAUUUUAUUUUGCGGGCGGAGUUCAAAGGAUCCACCCCCCAACUCCUCAUAAUCCUCAUCCAAAAAAGGGAGAAAAAUAUGCAGACUUUAAUUUCCAGACUUUAUUUUCCAGACUUGGCCUUGUGAAUCACAAGUUUAGAGAGGGAGGAUGGCCAAAUGACAGGAGAUAACCCUUCACUUCACGAGGCACCAAGCCACUGGAUGAAAUACACCAUUAAACCACUGCAUUCCAAUGGUUUGGCUGGACUUUAGACCAGUGGUUCACAACGAGGGGUAUGAAGACCUUGGCCUAUCCACAGGGGUACUUGAAAAGACUCAUGAGACCAUAGGCCUACAGGGAAAAUGCACAUGAGGGGAUGCUUCAGGGGUAGCCAAGGCAGAAAAAGGUUGGGAACCACUGUCCUUGACUAAAAAUAAUUUUGGAUGGAUAUUGUAACAUUAUCAACAGUAAAGACCAUUUUAAAGGUCAAACUCUUGUUUUGUGCUGGGCUGUUCAUGGCUAGAAUCUCUGUUGUAUUGUCUGUAUUUAAAGAACUGCCAUGCCAGUGCAUGUAUUAGUGUUAAUUCCUUCAGUAUUUCCCGAAGUGGGGAGUUUAUGACGCUAUAAACACUAUGACGCCAUCAUUCAUCUUGACGUUUAAGCUUUCAUACAUGCUUUUUGAGUCUAAUUUCCAUUCAUAAUGCAGAAACUAUUUUUGUUAAGAAAUGACAGUUGCUCUUCUGUGGUUACCAAAGUGUCUCCACAUUUUUCUACCAACGUACACAUAUCAGCGUAUCAACCUGUAUUAAAAUAUACGUCCAACUAGCCCCACUAGCGUAAGCUGACCUAAGGUCAGUUUGACACACAUUAAGUUUGACACUGCUACAUUUAGUGACCUAAGGUCAGUUUGACACUGCUACAUGGCAAGUUGCAUACAACAUCCAUCUGACAUUUACUGACCUAAGGUCAGUUUCACACUGCUACAUGGCAAGUUGCAUACAACAUCCAUCUGACAUUUACUGACCUAAGGACAGUUUCACACUGCUACAUGGCCCUAGUGCUUUUAACAGGUUAUUUAUCCACUGAACACUUUAACCUACCUGCCUGUAGAACAGUUAUUCUAUCUGACAAUAAUUCCAUACAGCAAAGUGUCUUUGUUUUCUUUACCAGGGAUUAGGUUUUAAAUGUAUUGUUAGUCAGUCAGGCCAACCUGUUGCAACAAGUUCCUGAAGGAACGAAUGUUCCAAGGAGUGAUAAUAGUCCAUUUAUUGCCUUACCUUUAUGCUGUACUGUAUGGGCUAACUGUACUUGGUUAGUUCAAUUACUUGUUCAGAGCAGAAGCAAGGUUUAAACUAAUGAUUGAAUAGUUACUGUAUGGAAAGCACACAUUUUCAUAUUUCUGCAACAACAAAGAGAGAGUGACAGACAACAAUAGAUCUGACACAGAACUAAUGAAAGACUGUUCAUUCGUAACGACGCCUUGAGUGGUGCUGGGUAAUGAAUGAUACAAAGUGACUGAGAAGCCUUGUUGGUUAUUUGCAGCAGUACAUUACUCUUCAUUUCCUCCCUCAUGUAAAGAAAGUACACAGAUGCAAUGGCGUGACCAAUGGAAUUAGACCGAACACAUUAUAGAGAGAGAAGUGAAAAAUAAAGAGACAUACUGAAACCUCUGGUUUAUUAUUGUUUCAGGCUUUGAUAGUAAUGCCCUUAAAGCUCAUUGAUUCUCAUUGAAAUAACUAUGUUAAACCAUUGAGAGAUCAAUUCAAACAAAGUACCCAAGUGGAUAAAAUGUAAUACAUUUUAAGUUAUCUUUGUUUCGUCUCUCGUUAAUUUUCAGUUUGAGGGCAAAUCCCCCUCAUGUGAAUUACUGUCUGCAAAUUUCCAUUAUAGACUAAAAUUAAUUCAAGGAUUUGUGCAUCUAUUCACAGAAGUCUUCAGCAAACUAUUCAUGGGUUUGUUAAGUAAUUGAAUUUUCUGUGUUUUGGAUAAUCAACCCUUCCCCAUACAGCUGCUGGGUUAAAUUAAUUGAAAUAAUAUGAACAACGACAGGCUAUUUGUUCAUGUAUCAUUUGACAGAAGAAAGUAUGCUGAAUAUCAACCAUGCAUGUCAUUUGGCUUCUUCAUGGUGUUCUUGACUAUUAUGGCUUUUCAUUUAGACAUUGCCUUGUUUUGACUUUAACAACAUAAACCAAUAUGCUAUUUAGGAACCAAAGUACAAUUUUUGUUCUCAUGAUGAAAUCUUGUUGUUGUCCCAUGUAUGUGCCUUGAGGUUAACUUACAAUGUAAAGUUCUUGAAACCUUUAAAUGUUUUUGCACAAAAUGUAAAUAUAGAAGUGAAGAUUUUUGCAAAUAAAAGUUCCAUGGGAUUUAAUUGAU